AUGUUUACAAGUAACACAAAACGUUUUUUUGCACGUCCACAAACAAGUUGGAUCAUAUUUCAAUUCAAAAAACGAAAUAGUUCAACAGCACCGUCAACAAAAUUAACUUCAAGUUAUUUUCAUCAUGUUUCAUCACUUCCAUUUGUUUAUAAAACAAUAGGUCAAAAUUUUGAUGAAACGGCUGCUAAAUAUCCUGAUCAUGAAUGUUAUAUUUUUAAAAGCGAACAAAAACGAUAUACAUUCAAAUCAUUUAAAGAUGAAGUUGAUAGUUUAGCUGCAUCUCUUAUUGAACUAGGCUUUGAAAAAGGUGAUCGAUUUGCUGUUUGGUUACCGAAUACAUCGGAAAAUGUUGCAAUGUCAUUUGCUACAUCUAAAUUAGGCCUUAUCAAAAAACCAUUAAUGGAAGAAUAUUCUAUUGCUGCUCAAGUAUGGAAAUUAUCAUCGGUUGACAUGUGUGAAUUAUCAUGA